UCUUUUUAGCGUUAUUCUUCAGAGAGAGAGAGAGAGAGAGAGAGAGUUCUGAACGUCACCACCGACUUUGUUAAUGUGUUUGUGAAGUGCCAAAAGUUGUGGAGGUAGGAAGCUUUUUUGGGUUUUUGGGUAGUGAAAGUUUUAUCCUUGAAGCAAAAUAACAUAAGCUUUUGAGGGUUUUCUUGUUCUUUCUCUGAUUGGAUUUCUGGGAAAGUUUCAGAAUUUGUAUUGGAGAUCAUUUUUUUUGGGCGUUUGGUUUGGUUGACGAGAUGGGUUCCUAUGGACAACUUGCAAGGAGGGCCGUGGAGACUAAUAUGCCGAUCAUGGUUCAGAUACAGCAGCUGGUCCGAGGAGCCAAAAAUGCCGUGUCACUGGCUCAGGGAGUAGUUUAUUGGCAACCACCAAAAGAGGCAUUGGAUAAGGUGAAAGAACUUGUUUGGGAGCCUUCAAUUAGUCGUUACGGUGCUGAUGAAGGUAUACCUGAACUCAGGGAGGCAUUGGUACAAAAGUUGCAUCGUGAAAAUAAGUUGUACAAAUCUUCAGUGAUGGUUACUGCAGGCGCAAAUCAGGCAUUUGUGAACCUUGCUCUUACAUUGUGUGAUGCCGGAGACUCUGUGGUUAUGUUUGCACCAUACUACUUCAAUGCCUACAUGUCCCUUCAGAUGACGGGAGUCACUAAUAUACUCGUGGGUCCUGGUCACCCAAAGACACUCUACCCAGAUGCAGACUGGUUGGAGAAAACGUUAUCCGAAACCAAACCAACCCCAAAACUUGUUACAGUUGUUAAUCCUGGCAACCCAAGUGGAACCUAUAUUCCGGAUUCUCUUCUUAAGAGGAUAUCUGAUAUAUGCAGAGAUGCUGGAUCCUGGCUAGUUGUGGAUAAUACAUAUGAGUAUUUUAUGUAUGAUGAUUUGAAACACACAUGUGUGGAGGGAAAUCACAUAAUCAACAUUUUUUCCUUCUCGAAAGCUUAUGGGAUGAUGGGAUGGCGUGUCGGAUAUAUAGCUUACCCAUCAGAAGUAGAGGGCUUUGGUACCCAACUCCUCAAAGUUCAGGAUAACAUUCCCAUCUGUGCUUCAAUAAUUUCACAGCACCUUGCCCUCCACUCAUUGGAAAUGGGACCCGAAUGGGUCACUGAACGAGUGAAGGGUCUAGUCAAGAACAGAGAAAUUGUUCUAGAAGCUCUCUCUCCCCUCGGGAACAAUGCUGUUAAAGGUGGAGAAGGUGCUAUAUACUUGUGGGCAAAGCUUCCGGACAAAUAUGUAGAUGAUGAUAAAUUUGUUCACUGGCUUGCUCACAGGCAUGGGGUGGUGGUGAUCCCCGGAAGUGCUUGUGGAUGCCCGGGGAAUGUGAGAAUCUCCUUCGGUGGCUUGGUAGAGGAUGACUGCAAAUCUGCUGCAGAAAGGCUGAGGAGAGGGUUAGAAGAGUUGAUCAGAGAUGGAAUGGUCGAGUAACUUACGUUGUUACAUUUAAUUUGACAUUAAAAACGGAAGUCAAUUUUCCGGUUUUUACUAGUUUGCAACUGGUUUUUUUAGAAUAAUGGAGUCCUCUUCUCUGCCUGCAGAGGAAUUAGAGUAAUUUCAGUGAUGCAUAAUUCAAAGGGCCAAUGCCAAGCUCUAACAUGUGCCUGUAUUAUUGUACACAUUGAUCUUCAAAAUACAUGCACAUAAGUGAUUCAAAUGCUCGCAUGUGCUUCAUGUGUUA